UUAUACGUUUUGUUCAACCAAAAUUUUGCUUAAGAAAUCAAACCUAUUUCCUUGGUCAUUGAUUAAUACCCUCUACUUUUAUUCUGCGUCAUAGGUUUUUUACAAUUUUAGGUUGCCCUCACUCUCACAGUCUCGCUUGCUGACUACUGCUGCUGUUGCCUUCUCCCGUUGAAGUUGAAUCCAGGAUGCAACAGGGCGGAGGAUCGGGCACCGAAGUGACAUGGGAGGAUCAACAGAAUAUAAACAGAUUCGGAAGAUUAAACAACAGGUUUCACGAGCUUGAGGAAGAGAUCAAGAUUGCUAAGGAAACAAAUGAGAAUCUGGAGGAUGCAAGCAAUGAAUUGAUCCUCACUGAUGAUGAUGUGAUGAAAUUCCAAAUAGGAGAGGUCUUUGUUCAUAUGCCAAAUGAAGAAGUAGAGAGCAGGAUAGAGCAGAUGAAAGAGGUGACUAGUAAGAACUUAGGGAAGCUGGAAGAAGAGAAGGAUUCAGUGCUUGCGGAGAUGGCUGAGCUAAAGAAAAUUUUGUAUGGAAAGUUCAAGGAUUCUAUCAAUUUGGAGGAGGAUUAACUGGAUAUGAAUUGCCAUUCUUUCUAAUUUCUUCCUCAUGAUAUUAUUCUCGACCAGAGAUUAAUUCUCCUACACUGAAAUUAUUUGUCUUCCCUCGAAGGAUUUCCUUGGAUAUUAUAUUUGCUUUACAAUGAGUGUGAUAAUAGGGGUGUCAA